GGGACUCGCACCGGCACUCACGCUCUGACCCAGGGUCCCUGCCAUCUCCGCAUCCUUCCCCAACCGAGUCUCCCGUCCCCAUGGAGGGUGCACAGGCCGGGGCGAGGGCCACCUUCGGCCCCUGGGACUACGGCGUGUUCGCAGCCAUGCUGCUGGUGUCCACGGGCAUCGGGCUGUGGGUCGGCCUGGCCCGCGGCGGCCAGCGCAGCGCCGAUGACUUCUUCACCGGGGGCCGGCAGCUGGCAGCCGUGCCCGUGGGGCUGUCGCUGGCCGCCAGCUUCAUGUCGGCAGUGCAGGUGCUCGGGGUCCCCGCCGAGGCAGCGCGCUACGGCCUCAAGUUCCUGUGGAUGUGCGCGGGCCAGCUGCUCAACUCGCUGCUCACCGGCGCGCUCUUCUUGCCGGUUUUCUACCGCCUGGGCCUCACCAGCACCUACCAGUACUUAGAGCUUCGUUUCAGCCGAGCUGUGCGACUCUGCGGGACGCUGCAGUACCUGGUGGCCACGAUGCUGUACACAGGCAUCGUGAUCUACGCGCCCGCGCUCAUCCUGAACCAAGUGACCGGGCUGGACAUCUGGGCGUCGCUUCUGUCCACGGGAGUCAUCUGCACCUUGUACACGACGGUGGGUGGAAUGAAGGCCGUGGUCUGGACAGAUGUGUUCCAGGUGGUGGUGAUGCUCAGCGGUUUCUGGGUGAUCCUGGCCCGUGGCGCCAUGCUCACGGGGGGCCCCUGGAACGUGCUCAGUCUUGCCCAGAACCAUUCCCGGAUCAACCUGAUGGACUUUGACGCGGACCCUCGCAGCCGCUACACCUUCUGGACUUUCCUGGUGGGCGGCACGUUGGUGUGGCUGUCCAUGUACGGUGUGAACCAGGCCCAGGUACAGCGUUACGUGGCCUGCCGGACGGAGAGGAAAGCCAAGCUGGCCCUGGUUGUCAACCAGCUAGGCCUCUUUCUGAUCGUGGCCAGCGCUGCUUGCUGUGGCAUCGUCAUGUUCGUCUUCUACAGAGACUGUGACCCCCUGCUCACCCAGCGCAUCUCGGCACCGGACCAGUACAUGCCGCUGCUCGUGUUGGACAUUUUUGAGGACCUGCCUGGAGUCCCUGGGCUUUUCCUGGCCUGUGCCUACAGUGGCACCCUCAGUACGGCAUCCACCAGUAUCAAUGCCAUGGCAGCGGUCACCGUGGAGGACCUCAUCAAGCCGCGGAUGCCUGGCCUGGCGCCUCGGAAGCUCGUCCUCGUCUCUAAAGGGCUCUCCCUCAUCUAUGGCUCGGCCUGCCUCACGGUGGCUGCUCUGUCCUCGAUGCUGGGAGGCGGUGUCCUCCAGGGCUCCUUCACUGUGAUGGGCGUCAUCAGUGGACCUCUGCUAGGCGCCUUCACGCUGGGGAUGCUGCUCCCAGCCUGCAAUACGCCCGGCGUCCUGUCUGGGCUCGCUGCAGGCUUGACGGUAUCCCUGUGGGUGGCCGUGGGGGCCACACUUUAUCCGCCCGGAGAGCAGAUCAUGGGGGUGCUGCCCACCUCAGCAGCCGGCUGCACCAAUGCCUCGGUCCUCAUGGGCCCAACCGGAGCUGCCAACACCUCCAGCAGGGUCCCCAGCUCUGGAACGGAGGCCAGCCGCCCCGCCCUCGCGGACACCUUCUAUGCCAUCUCCUAUCUCUACUACGGGGCUCUGGGCACGCUGACCACCAUGCUGUGUGGUGCCGUCAUCAGCUACCUGACAGGCCCCACCAAGCGCAGCUCCCUGGGCCCUGGACUGCUGUGGUGGGACCUCGCGCGGCAGACCGCGUCUGUGGCCCCGAAGGAGGACACAGCCACCCUGGAGGACAGCCUGGUGAAGAAUUACAUAAGAACCUGGGGGCGCUGGGCUGGAGCAGAGUCAGAGGACUGCAGAGCCGGUGCCCCAAACGUGGGAGACGCUGUCACCUCCUGAGAGACCGGAGUGACACCCAGCGGCGACACCCGACAGGACUUGCGGUGGGAGGCUUGCCUGCCGGCCCUGAGAGCUGCCUCAAGUGAAGGGAUGGGGCGUGGUCCCAGCCCAGCACUCACGUCUGCGGCUGCCGGGUCCCACACCCCCUUCCGGCCAAGCGCCCAUACCCACAACACAAAAACGAAAUCGUAAUAGUGUCGGGAGUCUGGGUGCGGGCAUGGCCGUGGCUCAGCACUGGGGCUGGGGGAUCACUGUAAGUGUGAGGCUCCCCUGGGACACGGAGUGAGACCCUGUCUCACGGCCGCCUGAGACAGCAGGGCAGUGGAGGGCGGGAGACUGAGCGGGGCGUGGCCCACCCUGGGCGUGGCCGACCUGGUCCUCGGGGAGCCCAUCUGGCCAGGGUAUGUGAUGUCCUCCGCUUUCUCCCAGGGUCCGGAAGACACCCCUGCUGCGACCAAAAAGCCCCCUGGCUUCCUGCCAGGCGACGAGGCCCACCCGCUGUCCCCCGGGCGCGAUCUCGAGACCAACCUCUGAGGGCGGGGCCCCGGAAGGCCAAUCGCGAGCCGCGGGCCAGCAGGCUCCUCUCUGAUUGGCUGGUCGGGAGCGUGUUGAGAAGCUUGGCUGUCACAGGCUGCGUCCCCUCCCCGGGUCCCCGUGUCCUACCCGCACCCAAACGAAGAGGGAUGGUUCUCCACCCGCAAAGGAAAGGUCUGGAACCUUCGGGACCUUGUAGAGCUGGGCUCAGUGGCCGAGAAAGCCCAGCUGCUCCAGACUGAGGUUUGCCGACUGAGCCACCCAGGCCCAUUUAACAUGCAGAGAAACUGAGGGCUGUCACCCAGACACUGGGGAGGUUCAGAAAUUCAAGGUCAUCCUCAGCUGCACAGUGUAUUUGAGAUCAGCCUGGACUACAGGACACCCUGUCCCAAAACAAAUACAGAUAACCUGGGCUGGCCCCAUGCUCGGCAGUAAAGGGCUUGCCCAGCACACAGUAGGCCCAGGGUCCCAUCCCCACCCCAGGAAGAAGUGACAGACACUGGGCAGGGAAAUCAAGGGGAGUGAGGUGUCUCCAGCACGCAGAGCCCCAGACUCCUGGAGAUGCCCAGGGACGGAUUCUCAGAGCCUUCACAAGAGACACGCAGACGUGGUGACAACUUGAGUGUGAACUUACAGUUUGUGGAACAUGUUUCUCUGUAAUCAGUCACCCAGCCUCUGCUAAUUCCUUACAGAUUCCCGGUAUAUGGCACCUCCCAAGCUCUCCACCUUCACCUGGGUACAUGCUAGGCAAGUGCUCUAUCACUGGACUGCAUACCUGAACCUCCUUUUUUUGACACAGGGUCUUAAGGAAGUCUGGCUGAUGUCUAGUUAUCUCCCCAUGCUUUUGUGUAUAUCAAUAUUCCACUCUUUUUCAAUGCCGAGUAGUACUCCAUUGUAUGGACAUACCACAGUGUUUCACUCGUGCCCAGCAGGAUAGCUUGAUUUUUUCCAGCUUUCAUCUACAAUGAAUAAAAUUGCUGUGGGUUUUCCUGUACAGUGGUGUGACAUAAUCAGUUGGCUAUUGGUAUCAGUAUGGAACCCAUAGAUUAAAAAAUUUAAAAAGACAA